ACACACGUGUCGGUUCAUUCACUGUAGCGUGUUAUGUUUUUGUGUUAAUAAGUUUGUGUGCUUUUAAUUCACGCGUGUCGUUACAUUUUAAAGCGGAUUCACUUCAGAACGUAUAACGCUGUGUUUUUACGACAUGAAUGCUAUUGGAGGGACUUUAUAACAGAGAUGUUGAUAGAAUAUAACAUUAUAAUAUUCUAUCAACUGCACACUGGAUCAGUGUAACAGAUCACAUUGGGGUGCCCUCAUGACGUCAUCAUCAUGCCGAAGAGGAAUACAGAGGAGAGUUUGAUCUCAAACUCAUGUCCGAAGAGAAUCAGACUAGACAACACUUCACAGGAUGUGCUGACAGUGAAGGAUCUGUGUGAUCUGAUUCAGUACGCCACACUCAGACACACUCACAACAUCAUGAAGCCCAGCUGGUUCAGUGUUUGCGGAGAUGAGCGGGUGUCUCGGGUCAAUGUGAUGAUUCUGGACGGGCUGACCCAGACUCAUUUCUACAGAUACUUCACUCACUUCAAACACCUCAGGAACAAAUACAACUGUAGAUGGACUCUAGCGCCCUCCUCAGGUGAUCUGAUGUCUGAUCUUCUCAACUCUGACAUCAAACAGUCUGAAGAACAAAUAAAGAUCUCAGCUUCACUCAUAAUGAAUCCUGUCAUCCGACGGUUCGGUUUGAAAGCGUCAGGACUGAGCAGCUUUCUGCUGACUGAGGCGGACAUGAUCAAACACAACUUCCCUGUGAAAGGUGGGCGGGGCUUUGAAGAGUUUGUGUGCACACCGUGUGAAGGAGCUGUGAUUGACAGCAGCCCUCUGUUUGGACUGGACUGUGAGAUGUGUUUGACUUGUGCUGGUCUGGAGUUAACUCGGGUCUCUGUAGUGGACAGCAGUGGCAAGUGUGUACUGGAUGAACUAGUUAAACCACCUAACCCUAUCCUUAACUACUACACGAGGUUUUCUGGAAUUACGAGUUUGAUGCUGAAAUCCGUAACCACGCGUCUGGAAGAUGUGCAGACUAAAAUCCUUCAACUGUUGCCACCGGACGCGGUGCUGGUCGGUCACUCGCUGGAUAAUGACCUACGAGUCUUACAUCUGAUACACCGUCACGUCAUGGACACGUCUCUGCUGUACCGUAAGGAGUUCGGUCAGAGGUUUAAACUCAAACACUUAGCUGAUGUCAUACUGAACAGAAAGAUUCAGUCAGAAGAGAGGAUGGGUCAUGACCCCUGUGAGGACGCAUUAGCUGCUCUUCAUCUCGCUCAAUACUUCAUCACUAAAGGACCCAGAAAGGUGGUUGAGGAUCAUCUGGAGGAUUUAUGGGAGUUUUCUCCUGACAGUGGCUCUGAUCAUGUGACGUCAUGUGUUAAUCACAGCAGCUCCCUUGCCUUUGGACACGCCCUCUACAAAUCCGGCCAAUCGUCUCUCUUCCUCAGCAGAACCACAGAUAUGUGUGACUCGCUGUCCAAUCAGCUGUGCAGAAGACAAUACUGUAGCACUGACAGAGAGGUUGUGUGUGUUUUCAGACGUGUGGUUCAGUCGUACUCACUCAGUGUUCUUCAGUUCACUGACAAUCUACAACAAACACCAGCAACAACUCAACAACAUCUACAGCAGAUGGCUCAGUGUUUGAGGAAAAUGUGUGUGUUGUAUGUUGGCCCGUUGCCCGAUGAAACAACAGAGAAACAGAUACACAAACUCUUCAGACGCUGUGGUCGUGUGCAGACGUUGCGAUUUCUGUACAACACAUACGGAGUCCACGCUGAGGUUGUGUUUGAUCAUCUAGAAGGAGCUCAGCUGGCUGUAGAUCAUCUGAAUGGACAUCAGAUCAGUGAUCAGUGUCACAUCAAGGUGCGGCGUCCGGUUGACGAGUCCUUUCUGGAUUUGGAUGAGCGCGUGUUUGAACGUCAGCAUGACAUACUGAACGAUCACAUGAUCUAUGUGUGUAAUCUCUCCUCUAAACCACAUCAUCAUGAUGACCUGCAGCAGACCUUCAGACAGUUCGGUCCAAUUCAGCGUAUCAUGAGGCCCUCGGUGCAUGCUGGGAAACUCCACAGACACGCCUUCAUCAAGUUUGAGCGCAGUGAAAGCGCUCGGGCAGCAGUGGGCGUCACCCUGCAGAUGGGUAACAGGAAGUUAUCAGUGUGUCAAGCUCUGACCCCGCCUCACAUGACCUCGUGGACGCACACGCAAACCGUUGUUACAGAAACAGCAGAGCACGAAGAGGGAUGUGAUAUGAGAUGUUUGAGUGAUGUACAGCAGCUUCAGAUGGAGCAACAGAUGAGGAAACUCGAUGGAAAAGUAGGAAAAGUGUUUCGAGCGCUGGAGAAGAACUGUCUGAGCAUCGUCAUUCUGCCAGGAAUGAGCAGUGGUGAUGUGGAUUAUCUCGGCCUGUGCUUUAUAAACAUCAAUAACGAUCACACGAUUUAAUCAUCCAGCUGGGUGUCGUCACAGCAACAGAGCAGUGCUUUUGACUCCGCCCACCAGAUGUUUCAGCUCGUUUGUGAUUGGCCUGCUGAAGUGUAUUGAUAAGAGCAAGUGUGUGAGGUUUUGUAUUAUAAGCUUUGUCUUAGGUUUUUUAUGCAUAUACUGUAAUAAACAUCACUGAAUGAAAGAUUGGGAGU